UUUGCCCGAUACUUUUGCGACCAGCUUUGCGAUCGGUAUCGUAUGUACGAAGAAGGUCAAUUGGAUGCCAAGGGGAAGAGGCUACUCUUGGAGGCCUUGGCUUCAGGGGACAGUGCCCUUAAGAUGUCGUCAGCCGUCGCUUCGGCACGAACGGUGUUCCGCGAGAGGGAACUUCAGGAGAAUGCCGAGCUGCAGGCGGCGAUAUCGUUGGGCAAGUACAUGCAGGAGCUGAAGGUGUGGGCUCAGGAGGAGAUGGACGCUUCCGUUUCGCAAAAGGCUCGUUACCUCAAGGGCGGCUCGGAGUCUUCCAAAGGCGGCAGAUCUUCUACGUCGUCCCGUGUAGGACUGCUGCAGAUGCAAGAUCAAGACCAGACAGAUUUCUCCGCAUCCGUCGACGAGAAUUUGGAGUGGCACCCCAGCACAAACAACGGCAGCACGACACAAGAUGACACGGCCGACGAGUACAACAGACAAUACAUGCGGGGAGGAGAGUACGGGGAACAGUACGUCGUGCAAGCUUACAAUCAGGCGGCAGUGAACGACGAAUACACCGGUCAAGACGGCUAUGCCCAACAAGAACAACCUCGGGAGGAUCACGGCCAUUAUAAAUAAUAGUCUCAAUGGCGAGCGGUCUGCUCUUCUUUCACGUUGAUCAUCAUCAUGAAUCAGAGAGCUUUACCUCGCGGCCAUGAUAGGGUGAACAAUUUUGCCGUCAUCGCUGUAUCUAUCGCCGUAACAGCGCCAGGAAUGCGCGCGUUUCUGUGUUGCGUUGGUUGGUCCUCAUGAGGUGCACAGAACGAGGCUUAGGCUCAACGGCGGUCGCCGACGGCUAGGUUUGUUUUCCCUUUAAAUAUCCUGUAGACAGAUACGCCAUGUAGCCCAGACACUGUUUCAACAAGUUAACGGAUACGAUUGUUCUAUUCUACGACGUGAUACGUUUUGUUUAUUUAUUUCUCGUUGGCUGCUCCCUCCCCCGUCGCAAAGAAUGGAAUUG